AUGUUGGAUGAUUAUUAAUUAUUACUUAAAUCUCAAAAUACAAGUGGAUCCUUUUAAAGACUGCUUUAAGAUAAAAUUGGAAGUUAAGAAGUGACCCUAACAACAAUCUGUCAAUUUUCUAAACUUCCUGUAACAAUUCCUGUAAGACAUACUCCAAUAAAUUAUAUUCAUUGUGUAUUUGAUUUAGAAUUUUGGCUUGAAUAUUAUUCAUAAAUGCAUAAUAAAGUUGAUCCUACGUAUAUUAUUAUUAAUAAUAAAUUUAAGUGGUUUUUCAUGUCCUGGAUGUAGAAAAUAUGCCAAUUUUAAAGAAUUUGGUUUAGACUACACACUCUAUCAUGUUCUAUAAGAAUUAGAGCUCUUUAAAAAAAAUCACCCUAAUAUUCGAUUAAAUACAUCUCAAUUAAUAUAUAAGCCAAACAAUAAUACAUAUUAUGUAGAAGAAAGAAUAACAAUGAAGAGACAUUAAAUAUUAGGUUCAAAUGCAGUAUUAGGGAUAACAAAGAAAUUAUAGGGACUCAAUUAGGAAUAAAUAUAACCAUAGGUAGCUUUAAUUGCUGAAGAAAUUAGUUAAACUUUAGUUAAAUUACAAUCCUUAAUAUAUAGUAGAAUUUAUAAAAAAGUUUAAUCAUCCAAUAAAACUGAUGUUAAGAAAACAUUUUAAGAUCUACAAACUAAAGUAGCAUUGAAAAAUACUGAUUUAAAAUAAGCAUUAUUUAAAUCUAUGAAAUUGAUAUCUUUAGGUAGACAAUCUUUGUAAAAAGACUAUGUUUUUGCACUUAAGAGGAUAACAACAAAUAAUUAAGUCUAAUCAAUAGUAUUAUAAAAGUAUUAUUUAGCUUAUCGUUUACUUGGUGUAAUAUGGAAUCUGGUAUGAGUUUCCUUUGAAAUUCAAAGGUUAACCUUAUGUCUAAUUAGAAUAGGCACUUUAUAUUAAAGGAGAAGGAAGUCUUACUCAUAAUCAUUUAUAUAUAAUUGGAGGUAGAAAAAGUGAAAAAUUUUAAUAGUCUGAUCAAGUACUUUAAGUUUCAUUUCCAAAAUCUAUAUUUUAAAUUGAAUAGGAAGCUAAAAUAACAGAAUUACCAAAAUUACCAAAAGAAGGUUAUAAUUUUAUGGGAACUUGCUAUAGAUAGUAUAAUAAUAAUAUUAUAAUAUUUAGAUAAUUAUAUGUAUUCUAUGGCUAAAAACAGAUUACAACAUUUGAUAAUUCUUAAAGAUUUGAAAUAUUGAAUGCAUAAUAUGUAUUUAGAAAUAAUCGUUGGGAAUAAAUGAGAUUGAAAUUAGUUGAAAGAUUUGAUGGUAGUUUUUUCACUAUUAAUCAUUCUGCCUUUGAUAAAUUAAUAGUUUUCUUUGGUGGAGUAUCUAGAGAACCUGAUGGUUUUCCAAAUCAUAGAGGACCAUAAUAACAUUAAGGUUAGAUAUUUAUUUGUAAAGAUGAAAAAUUUCUUGGAAAUACAUAGUAAGAAUUUAAAAUAUAAUUUCUUGAUGAAGAUCCAUAUCAUAGAAAUGUUUUGGCCUCACCUAUAUUUAGUUGUCCAUAUUAUGGAACUAAUUAAUUGUUAUUAUCUGGAGAGAGUAUGAAAUUUAGAAAUACAGAAUAAAGAUAAAUAUAUACUUUUGAUUGGGGAAAUGCUACUGUUAAAUUAAAUGAUAUAUUCUCCUUAGAUCCUCCUGAAUAAAUUCUUACUCCAUAUAAAAGAAGAACUUAAACUUAAGAUAUCUUCUCACCUGUUCAAGAUUCUGAAGGUUCUGUUGCAUAUGGAAACUUUUUUAUUAUUCAUUAAUAUGAAAUAGAUUCAGGAUAUUAUGAUAAAAAUCCAAAAAUAGUGACAUAAUUAUUAAAAAUCAAUUUAACUAAUGGAUUAUGUAAAAUAAUAUUAUUAUAUUUUUAUAGUUGUUGUCAUACCAUAUUUAGAUUCGAAAAUUUCAAAAGAAAUAGCAGAUUAGAAAUUAGAAAAAUUAGAGGAUAAAAAAAAUUAAGUUAUUUUAUGA